CGCCAGCGAGUUAAACUUCAAGUAAUACCCCCGCCCUUUUACUCCCAAUACCCAGCGUCCCUCUCCACCGCUCCCUUUUUCUCCGACCGUCUUCUCCGAUCAAACACUUGUUCGUACAGAUGCUCUGUUUCAUAACAUUUUUCGUGUAUUUCUGAUUUAACUUUCGCUGUUCGAUUCCUCCUUCUCCUACAUUCUUUUUUCUUUGAUGAUUCAGUUUUGAUUAGAUUCCCGAAAUAAACAAUCUCCUUCUAAUAAUAAAAAUUUUUUGGCUCUAGGGUUGGAAUUUAGCUGUCCUUUCAGCUCAAUCUCGAAUUAUAUGCAAUUGAAUUUAACUUCUUCGAUCCUCGGACGGAGAAUUUUCUCCAAAUUUAAUCGCACUUAGCUGUCAACUUUUGUGAAGUUUUGUUCGUUCUGUUUUGUAAUUGCUAGGUUUUUUUUUUCGAUUUAGUAUACAUAUAAAUUCGUGCUAAUACGGGGCUAUGAAUGCAAUGCAUACAACUAAAACUCGGUAAAUUUGUGAGUUACUGCAAAUUUCUGUCAUUUAUGUUACUUAGGGUUUCAGUUCAGUAGUUAACGCAGAGUUGCGCAAGGGGAGUAGUUGUAAUGGCGUCGUAUAGGCCAUUUCCUCCGCCACCUCAGUCAACUUUUGCUCCUCGGCCACCUCCACCGCCGCCGCCGCCGCCGCCGGGGCCCGCGAAUCAGAAUCCUUUGCAACCUCCUGCCUUGCCCCCUCAUCAGCAGCAACAAUCUCAAGGGAAUCAGUAUUCUCAGAAUUGGGGUUAUUCUCAAAUGCCGCCAAAUUCGAAUUAUCCGCAGCCAUACAAUCCUCCUCCGCGGAAUCAAAUUCCGCCGCAGCCAGCACAGCAACAAUAUCAGUAUCCUCCUCCGCCGCCUCUCCAGGAUAAGUCCUUCCCACCUCCUCCUCCUCCGACUUCCUUGCCCCCGCAGCCUGGCCCUGCCCCGCCUGCUCCAGGGUAUUAUCCAUCUGGUCAGUACUCCCAGUACAGUCAGCACCAGCCUUUGCAACCCUUGCAGCCACCACCACCUCCGCCGCCCCCUUCCUCUCCUCCCCCUAAUUCUGUCGCUCCACCUCCUCCUCCGCCACCGUUAUCGCCUCCGCCACCACCUUCGUCACUUCCUCCUGGUCAGAGCAAGGAAAACAGGAAUGCAGAGGAGAGAAGGCCAUCAAGGGAAGGAAGAGAUUCUGGGUGGCGUGAUUUGGGGAACGCUAAGCAGCAGAAGGUUCCUGUUCCUCAAGUUCCAGCUAGAAAGCCCAGUGGGCCUCCAGGGAGGGUUGAGACAGAGGAGGAGAGGAGGUUGAGGAAGAAGAGAGAAUACGAGAAGCAACGGCAGGAAGAAAAACAUAGGCAGCACAUUAAAGAAUCACAGAGUAGAGUGCUGCAGAAGACCCAAAUGAUAUCUUCUGGAACAAAAGCGCAUGGGUCAAUUACUGGCUCACAUAUUGGCGACAGGAGGACUGCUCCUCUGUUAAGUGGUGAGAGGAUUGAGAACCGGUUGAAGAAGCCUACGACAUUUCUUUGCAAGUUAAAAUUCCGGAAUGAAUUACCUGAUCAGACAGCACAACCAAAGCUUACCUCUUUAAGGAGAGAUAAAGAUCGGUUUACAAAAUAUGCCAUCACUUCUCUGGAGAAAAUGCACAAACCUGAACUAUAUGUUGAACCGGAUCUUGGAAUACCACUGGAUUUGCUUGAUCUCAGCGUGUAUAAUCCACCCAAAGGCAGAAGCCUGCAACUAGAUCCCGAGGAUGAGGAAUUAUUACGUGAUGAUGAUCCUGUAACCCCAAUUAAGAAAGAUGGCAUAAAAAGGAAAGAAAGGCCCACCGACCAAGGUGUUUCUUGGCUGGUCAAAACCCAAUAUAUUUCUCCUCUUAGCAUGGAGUCGUCUAAACAGUCUCUCACUGAAAAGCAGGCAAAAGAAUUGCGAGAAGGUCGCAAUCUUUUGGAGAAUCUUAAUAGCAGGGAAAGACAGAUCCAGGAAAUUCAGGCUUCAUUUGAGGCAUGCAAGGCCAGGCCUAUUCAUGCAACUAAUUCUAGAUUACAAGCUGUUGAUAUUCUCCCGCUUUUUCCUGAUUUUGAUCGGUACGAUGACCAGUUUGUUGUAGCAAACUUUGAUAGCGCUCCUACUGCUGACUCAGAAAUUUACAGCAAGUUGGAUAAAUGUAUCCGUGAUUCACAUGAAUCUCAGGCAAUUAUGAAAAGUUUUGUGGCUACCAGCUCUGAUAUGGCAAAACCUGAUAAAUUUUUGGCUUAUAUGGUUCCUUCACCUAAUGAGCUAUCAAAGGAUAUCUAUGACGAAAGUGAAGAUGUUUCAUACUCCUGGAUUCGUGAAUAUCAUUGGGAUGUUCGAGGGGAUGAUGCGGACGACCCCGCAACAUAUCUUGUGACCUUUGGCGAAUCAGAGGCGCACUAUAUGCCUCUACCGACGAAGCUAAUUUUGAGAAAAAAGAGAGCUAGAGAAGGGAAAUCAAGCGAAGAAGUUGAACAUUUUCCUGUACCUUCGAGAUUGACUGUAAGGAAGAGAUCAACCGUAGCCGCAAUAGAAUUGAAGGAAGUUGGGGGUUAUUCAGCAUCAAAAGGGAGUGGUUUCAAUUCGAAGAGAGCAAGAUUGGACAUGGAAGAUGGCCUUGGUCAAUCACAGAAGAGUGUGGAUGAUAUGGAGCCAGAUCAGUCCAGUGGAGGCGAAUAUGAUAUGUCUGAUUGAAUGUGUUUAUACAGAAUUAUCCAACUGAUACUAUACAGAGUCAGAGGGUGCAAGAGUCAAUUAGUGACAGCAGAAAUAUAAUGGGAUAUAGGAUUUUUGCCUUGCUUCUUGUGAAAAUUUUGAUAACUCGAAAAUUUUCCUGUCUUCUAAAUUUUGGAUUUUUUCCCUC